AUGUAUAUUCAAGCCAACAAUAUUAACAUUGGUGUGAAGUUGAAUCUUCUCCACAAGAAGAAACCUACCACUCAAGUUGAAGAAGCCUUUGAUUUACAAAAGUUUACUUCUUUGCAAUCUUUCAAGGAAUACAUUAUGGAAAAGUAUUUUAAAUUGGAGAAAACUCCUCUUCUCCAACAACAACCAGAACAACAACCAGAACAAGAGCCUCUUGAUGAUCAAAAGAAUUCCAUGAUUCUUAUUGUUAAAGUUCAAAAGGAUUGGUUGAACAAUAACACUUCAAAGCCAAACAUAUUUAAACGUAUUGAAGGUGAAGAAGAGUGGAAUCAAGUUAUUCAAGCUGUUCUACUUGCUCAUACCAAGGAACAAUCUAUCAUUGUUGGUGAGAAUUUGCCAAAGGCCAUUAUAGUUGAAUUCAAACUCAAGUGUAAACCUGCAAAGCGAAUGAUCAAGAAGCAAUUAAAAGAGUUGAAGAAACAAAAGAAGCAAAUCAAGAAGCAAUUCGUAAGCUUGAAGGAAGAGAAUACUUCACCAUCUGUUGCUAUUGUUGCCGAAAAUAUGUAUCCUACUUUGAAUGUCCCAGUUGAAGAAGUUGACAACAAGAAUAACACUGAAACAAACACUCUUAAAGUAAAGAGAGAAUUACUUUUGGAAAAGAAGCUCAAAUUACAAGAGAUGAGAGCCAAGUUAAAGAUGAUGAAACUUGAAGCAAAGCUUGGAGAAGAUAAUGGAGAAAAGAUUGAAAAGAAACUUGAAAAGCAUCAAGCAAAACUUCAAAGAAAGAAGGAAAAGUUGGAGAAGAAGGAAAAUCACAAGACUGAAAAGUUAAUCAAGAAGCAAGAAAAGAGAGAGCUCAAGUUGAAAGAAAAGGAAUUAAAAAUUGAACAAUCCAAAGAUGAUGUUCAACUCUUUGAAGAAAAUGGCCAAGCUCUCGUUUUAAAACCAGAAAUUAAGAAAAUUUUCAUUGAUGGUAACAAUAUGUUCUUUAUGAAUAGAGCUAUGAGACACAUUCUUUUGGAAUUGAAGAAUAGAAAGUUAGCUGAAGACUUGAUUUCAACCACUUCUAAAAUGUACUCACAACUAUCAGAAUUGUUAUGGAAUCAACAAUUGCACUUGAUGCAAGUUUGCUUUGAUUCCUCAAGUCAACAAGUCAUCAACAAUCCUAAUGUUACAUUUGUUGUAACAUCUGCCAAACAGGAAGGAUAUCCAUCUGCUGAUGAUCUACUUGUUGAACUUGCAAAUAGACAGAAUAUUGCUUGUCUUUUGGAUUCAUGUCUAUUUGUAACAUCUGAUAGAGUUUUAAGACAACGUUUGAGAAGUGUUGGAAAUGGUGCCAAGUGUGUUGGUUCUGCAAAUUGGAUGAAAUUUAUUUAUUCCCAUUUGUGUUCUAAUACCAAUGAACUAUCUUUGGAUGAUUGGUUGUUACAACUUUUAAAUGGAUUAAAUCAUUAA